AGUGUGAAUGUAGUGAACGUCGUUGAGCGCGGUUGACGUGUCGACGAGCUGACGUCACGCAUCACGUGCCCGAGCGCUAGGAAGUGACUGUAUCUGUAAACGAAAAGAAACGAUGAGUGCAAUAAUCCCAGAGACACAGAGCAUUAAAGAAGCCGUGAUUCACAUCAACUCCAUCGACAGCAGCAAGUUCUCCAAACUCCUGUCUCGGAUUCUGCAGAAGCUUCACCUGAAGGAGGAGCGCUCCUUCAGUGAGGAGGAGGAGGAGAAGCUCCAGAGCGCUUUAUCUCUGGAGAAACAGACUCUUCAUCUGCUGCUGGAAACCCUGUCCUUCAUCCUCGAGCAGGCUGUGUAUCACAAUGUCAAACCACCGUCUCUCAAACAGCAGCUGGAGAACAUCAGCGUUGAGUCUGAGAAAGCUGAAGUGUUCAGUCAGGUUUGGGCUUCAGCCGGUCCGGAUGUGGUGGAGAAGAUCCGACACGGGAUAUUUGCCCCUAAAAAACUGGAUCAUGUGGGUUGGCAGCUCAACCUGCAGAUGGCCUCGUCGACUCGGAGCAAACUGAAAGAGCCGCACGCCGUCCUCAAUCUGGGGCUCCGGACGGAAGACGACACCGAGCAUUUGCAGGACGUGUUUGUGGAGUUCAACCAUCAGGAUCUGCUGGACUUCUACAAUCAGAUGGAGAUGAUUCAGACACAGCUGGACUCGCUCAGCUGAUACAGCGUCCUUCUGCCGCCCCACGAUUCCUCUGGUGACGUCGGCGUCAGCAGCUGUUUGGUGUCUGUGGUUGUUUGUGGAUUUGUAUGUUUCAGACUGAAGCUCUGGAGUGUUUGGUGUGAAGCGCUGAUGCUGACGUGUUAAUGAACGCCGUCGAGAUCCUUCAGACAGAAACUGGAGCUCCGUCACACGUCUGAUGAUGUUUCAUUAAAGAUGUUUUUGAUCUGAA